GCGCCCAACAAAGUCUACACUUCCCAUCAACCGCAACCAUGGCUAUCACGAUGUAGCCACGCACCUCUUCGAUUCUGGACAUGUCCCAGCCCCGUCAAGUUCCCACGCACUCAUCAUCGCCGUCAAAGUCCUCCUUACGGCGUACCAGCGGUCCCCAGACACGCAGCCUUCUACCAUCUCCGCACUUCGAAGACGACCCCAUCGUAGCCUCGCAUCAGUCUCCUCGUCAGCCUCCAUCCAUCGAGUACUCCGAGCAUGCCGUGGUCGAGGGCGGUGAUGAAUCAGAGCACUGUGCGACCCAGGCAGAGGCGGAGGCGGAAGCAAUUACAAUAACAUCGUUUCAACCUUUCUUCACUUUGAUCGAGGACAGCGUGACCAACGAACACCAUCAUCCCACAGUCCACUAUAUCUUUGCUGACGAUGACUCGGACAUCAUCGCGGAAGCGGCAUGUCGAAGUCUGGAAGCCCUAGACCCGUCACAGCGUGCGAGCGGGCAGCAUCACGAGGACCCACGACUUCCACCACCGAUUGCCGGUGGAAGGGAACACUAUCUCGUUCUCGAUGUGCAUCCGCGAUUCCAGGCACAAGCACAAGAUUCGGGACCUACAGCUCCUACCUAUGAAGUGGUAUCCGCACAAAGUUUCAGUUCAGACUGGCAAGUCCUGCGGUCGAGUAUCACCACCGCGCCGACAAUUGGAGAAGGCGAGGACGACGCACUCAUGCUACGCAUCGAGGGGAGGGGAAAUACACCAGGCGGUGUCCCUGCAACUGCUGAGAAGGAGAGCAUGGAAGAGAUGAUUGAGCGAUUCCAACGAAGGCUCGAGGAUAUCAGGCAAGUGAUGGAAGCAACCCCGACCGGGGAAGGUCAGGCUGGUGGUGCAGGAACAGGGACUGGCGUAGACGAUUAGUAUUCGGUGAACGCGCCUGGAGGAUUGCUGCCACUUUACGAAACGUUUCCCUACUUAUACCCCUUGAGAUUGUGUACCGAGGACAGGCAGGCAGAGGGAGUUCUUGAAUGUAGAGUACGGCGGACAACCAUCUAGUAUAGCGAUCCGCCAGCCCGCGGGAUCUACACAUUGCCAACAAGAAGAGAACUAGUUGCAACCCCAAUGUUUUCGAAAUCGCCCUCAUUCAUGCAUUCUUGCCA